CAAAACUUGAAGCAUAUACACCGAUCAGUUCAAGUUAACAAAAGUGAUAAAAUAAAAGAGAUAUUCCCCUUCCAAUUAUACAAAAAAGAAGAAGAAAAAAAAAAGUUUACAUUAAAGGACGCCGUGGCAUCUAAAUUUUGACUUUUCAUCUAAUUUCUCAUCUAUUCAUAAUUACGAAAAAUGCGCGAAUGUCUAUCUGUCCACGUGGGUCAGGGUGGAGUACAAAUUGGCAAUGCUUGUUGGGAAUUGUAUUGUUUAGAACAUGGAAUUCAACCUGAUGGACAAAUGCCAUCUGACAAAACAGUCGGUGGUGGAGAUGAUAGUUUCAAUACAUUUUUCAGUGAAACAGGAGCUGGCAAACACGUUCCGCGAGCAGUUUUCAUAGAUUUGGAACCAACCGUCGUCGACGAAGUGAGAACAGGAACCUAUCGACAAUUAUUCCAUCCGGAGCAAUUGAUCACAGGAAAGGAAGAUGCGGCGAAUAAUUAUGCCCGAGGUCAUUACACAGUUGGCAAGGAGAUCGUUGAUUUGGUUUUGGAUCGUAUUAGAAAAUUAGCUGAUCAAUGUACUGGACUUCAAGGUUUUUUAAUAUUCCAUGCAUUUGGCGGUGGCACUGGCUCAGGAUUUACGAGCCUUCUCAUGGAACGUCUCUCGGUUGAUUAUGGGAAAAAAUCAAAAUUAGAAUUUGCCAUUUAUCCAUCGCCACAAAUUUGUACGGCAAUUGUUGAACCAUAUAAUUCACUAUUGACAACGCACACAACUCUAGAACAUUCAGACGCGGCAUUUAUGGUUGACAAUGAGGCAAUUUAUGAUAUUUGUCGACGUAAUUUAGAUAUUGAAAGGCCAACUUACACAAAUCUUAAUCGGCUAAUUGGUCAAAUUGUCUCAUCAAUAACGGCCUCAUUACGUUUUGAUGGUGCAUUAAAUGUUGAUCUCACAGAAUUUCAAACAAAUCUCGUUCCAUAUCCACGAAUUCAUUUUCCAUUGGCAACUUAUGCACCGGUAAUAUCGGCGGAGAAGGCUUAUCAUGAACAAUUAACCGUUGCCGAAUUGACAAAUGCAUGCUUUGAACCGGCAAAUCAAAUGGUGAAAUGUGAUCCACGUCGUGGUAAAUAUAUGGCGUGUUGUAUGCUCUAUCGUGGCGAUGUUGUACCCAAGGAUGUGAAUGCAUCAAUUGCCACAAUAAAAACAAAACGUACAAUUCAAUUUGUCGAUUGGUGUCCCACUGGAUUCAAGGUUGGAAUAAAUUAUCAGCCACCAACUGUUGUACCAGGUGGCGAUUUGGCAAAAGUGCAACGUGCCAUUUGCAUGUUGGCAAAUACAACGGCUAUUGCUGACGCCUGGAGUCGAUUAAAUCACAAAUUUGACGUAAUGUAUUCAAAAAGAGCUUUUGUCCAUUGGUACGUUGGUGAAGGAAUGGAAGAAGGUGAAUUUUCCGAGGCACGCGAAGAUUUAGCAGCAUUGGAGAAAGAUUACGAAGAAGUUGGUCUUGAUUCGGUGGAAGGCGAAGGUGAAGGCGGAGAAGAAUAUUAGAAUUCAAAUAAAUUUUCUCUGAGUUUAAAAAGAACGCUUAUCUUUAAAAGCAUUUUUUAUAUUUUGAAAGGAUUUUUAUACAGUUUUUCUCUUUUUUUUCUUAUAUUUUGCUGAGGAAUUAAAAAAAAAACUGUUUUUACGCCUUUGAAAACGUUUUCUUCUUUAUUUUUCGAAUUCUGAUUUGCUUCAUAUAAACAGGAAAUUCCUGAAAUUAUCCUCGCGAAUUUCAUGUCUAUUGAAUUUAGUCAUUUAGAAAUCGAUGUAUAAGAACGAUUGGGAAUUUUUAUUCAAUGUACGAACGAAACUGUAACUUAGCAGAAAAUAAAACUGUCUUUCAUUAAAACA